AAAGUAGCGAAGUGUAUUCAAGGAUAUAGCCAGAUCAAGAGCGACGGUUUGGGAAGGUGGUCUUCUGUUUGGAUAUCAAAGUUGUUUAAUGUGAAAACGAGUUAGCCAUAUCAAAUUGGUUAACGAAAACAAAAAAUGUCGUUACUCAACAUAUGUGUAGUCACUUUCGCGUUGUUGAUUGCUAACAGUGCUUCUGUGAUCAGGAUUCCCCUUCACAAGACGCGGACUGUGCGCCGCCUGAUGAGCGAUAAUGGGAUGAGUUUGGAGGAGCUCCAAGCUAUGGGCAAAUCCAUAAGGACACAGUCCCAGAACCUUCACACGCUCCCGGCUACAACCGCCGCCCCCACAACCACCCCCAAAACCACCCCCCCCACAACCACCCCAGCCCCCCAACUACCAGUGGAGAGACUGACCAACUUCAUGGAUGCUCAGUAUUAUGGGGUGAUCAGUAUCGGGACUCCACCCCAGGACUUCACAGUGCUGUUUGACACCGGCUCUUCCAACCUGUGGGUGCCCUCCAUCCACUGCUCCUUCCUGGACGUGGCCUGCUGGCUCCACCAUCGCUACAACUCCAAGAAGUCCAGCACCUACGUCCAGAACGGAACCAAGUUCUCAAUCCAGUAUGGCCGAGGCAGCCUGUCCGGGUUCAUCAGUGGGGACACUGUUACUUUGGCUGGAAUGGAAGUUGUAGGUCAGCAGUUUGGUGAGGCGGUAAAGCAGCCUGGCAUCACGUUCGCUGUGGCACGGUUCGAUGGAAUCCUCGGCAUGGGCUACCCCACCAUAUCUGUUGCCAAGGUUACCCCGGUGUUCGACACAGCCAUGGCUGCCAAGCUGCUUCCUCAGAACAUCUUCUCCUUCUACAUCAGCAGAGACGCCUCCUCUCCUGUAGGGGGCGAGCUGAUGCUGGGGGGGGCUGACCCGCAGUACUUCAGUGGAGCGCUGCACUACGUGAACGUCACACGCAAGGCGUACUGGCAGAUCCAGAUGGCUGGUGUUGAAGUGGGGAACCAGCUGACUCUGUGCAAGGCUGGUUGCCAGGCGAUCGUUGACACGGGAACAUCCCUCAUCAUAGGCCCUGUGGAGGAGAUCCGGGCGCUGCACAAAGCUAUCGGAGCGCUGCCCCUGAUCAUGGGAGAGGUACUGUCACGCUGCCAGAAGAUCCCUGUACUGCAGAUGUACGCCACUAGGGGUCACUGA